AUGGGCGAGUGGAAAAGAACGACUGAACAGAAGUUUUCGCAGCCCGACGCAAAUAUGGUAUGGAAGUGGGUGGACCGGUUGUACAUGUUCAAGGAAGGUGGAGUGGAGCAAGUGGAUGGGUGGACAGGAAGGAGGAACAGGCGAGUGGUAAUAAGUGGGAUCAAAUGGACACUGGUGUCUCAAGUCGAUGAUUGGAAAUCGAGGACAAAAAUUAGUGUUCUUGCUGCUUCACCGGAUGUCAUCAUGCUUUGGUCCAUACGCAAACGAAUAGGAUUGAUCAAUUGUAAAAUUACGGCUGCAAUCUAA